AUGCCCUUCUCACCCAUGUUGAUCUUCGUGGUCAUCUUUUUCCUGGAGACCUUGGCUGCGAUGUUGCAGAAUGGCUUCAUGGUUGCUGUGCUGGGCAGGGAGUGGGUGAGAUGCCUCACACUGCCUGCAUGUGACAUGAUUGUGGCCUGUCUAGCUGCCUCUAGGUUCUGCCUGCAUGGGCUGGCCCUCCUAAACAACCUCAUUGACUCCUUUAACUUUUGUUCCAAAGUUUACUAUUUCAACAUCCUCUGGAACUUUAUCAACAUUCUCACUUACUGGCUUACUGCCUGGCUUGCUGUCUUCUACUGUGUGAAGAUCUCAUCCUUCUCUCAUCCCAUCUUCUUCUGGCUGAAGUGGAGGAUUUCUCGGUCAGUGCCCAGGCUGCUGCUGGGCUCCCUGAUCAUCUCUGCUGUGACAGUCAUUCCAGCAGCAGCUAGCAAUGUAAUUCUUAUACAGAUGAUUGCCUCGCAGAGUUCCCAUGGAAACCACACUCUGGCUGAUAGAGCACAGACCUUCCAUAGCCCUGCGGCGUCAGUGGCACUGGGCCUGGGAAGUGGUGACCUAUGCAGGCAUCUGUCUGCACUCCAGCAUCCUGGUGCUAAGCAGCCCUAAGCUGAGAAAUACCCUGAAGACAAAGCUUUGGAAAGCCCUGGA